AUGCCUGAUGAGGAUGUUGACUUUAGGAUCAUAAGAUUAGAUGAGGAUGCAAUUGAGAUUAAGGAUUAUGCUGUUAAAAAAAACAGGGCUGCUAACAUAUUUGUUGAGCAUGAUGUAGAUGAAGCAAGUCAGUUAGUAGACAUUCCAAACUGUGUGAUUAGUAGUCAAGUAGGUGAAAGCUCAAACUGUGUCAAGGGUAAUGAAUUAGUUGAAAGUUCAGAAGCCAAUAGGUACAUUGAGAAAGGAAAGGCAGUUAUGGUAUGUCCUGAUGAAGACAAUGUGGAUGAGGGUGGUUCAGGUAGUAGUGAUGAAGAUGAGGAUGAGGCAUAUGAUCACUUUGAUGACAGUGAGGAUGAUAGGGCACUUUGUCUUGAGGAUGGGUUUGAGCCAUAUGAUAAAAACCCUCUAGGUUUUGAAUACAGUGAUGAUUAUAUGGAUGGUGUUGUUGAUAAUUCAUACAAACCUUCAAAUGAUAAACCUGAUAAGCCUAGGAAACCAAAGAAAAAAGCAAAGGUUGUUGAACAAGAACAACAUGCUGACCCUGAAUGGGAGAAGGACUAUCUUAGUGAAGAAUUACUAUCAGAUGACCUUGAUGAUUUUGAUUAUGAGGGAUUGCCAAGAUACCCUGAAUUUAAGAUGGGUGAACUAACAAAGGACUAUAAGUUCAAAGUUGGUAUGGACUUUAAGUCAAUUGCAGAGUUCAAGGAGGCAAUUAGUGAGUGGUCAGUAUUAAACUUAAGACAGAUAAAGUUUGUGAAACAGGACAAGGAAAGAUGUAGGGCAGUGUGUAAAGAUAUAAAAUGCAAUUAUGUGGUUCAUUAUAGCAAAGUGGCAGACAGCCACACAUUUAAAAUAAAGACAUUAAGUGGGAACCAAACAUGUGCCAAGUCUAUUAAAAAAAAAAUUGCUACUUCCAAGUGGGUGACAAAGGAAGUGCUUCCAAAGAUAAUGACAACUGGUGAUAUGCCUGUCAAAGAUAUAAUGAAGGACUUGAGGAGGAAACAUUCAGUGGGUGUAUCUUUCCAUGUAGCUUGGAAGGCAAAGAAAAUGGCUAAAGAAAUCAUUGAAGGUGAUUGUUAUACCCUUGAUGCUAAGAAACAAUAUACUCUGCUUUGGAGGUAUGCUGCUGAGUUGCACAGAGUUUCAUUGGAAAAUACCCUCAAAAUUAAUGUGGAGAGAACACUGUUAACAAAUCAACCAAGGUUCAACAAGUUUUAUUUCUGCUUUGAAGGUUGUAAAAAAGGAUUUUUGAGUGGAUGUAGGCCUUUCAUUGGAGUGGAUGGAUGCCAUCUGAAAACAAUGUAUGGAGGAAUACUGCUGGUUACUGUUGGAAGAGAUGCAAAUGAUCAGUAUUACCCAUUGGCUUUUGGAGUGGUUGAGAAUGAGACUAAUGAUGCUUGGAGAUGGUUCUUGACAUUGCUACUUAAUGAUAUUGGCACUGACAGGAGAUGGGUCUUUAUAUCAGACCAACAAAAGGGAUUGAUUCCAGUUUUAGAAAAAUGGUCUGACAGGCUUGAACAUAGGCUAUGUUUGAGACAUUUAUAUGCUAACUUCAAGAAGAAGUUUGGAGGAGGGAGCUUGAUUAGAGACUUGAUGAUGGGAGCAGCAAAGGCAACAUAUUUCCAAGCUUGGGAUGCAAAGAUGAAUGAGCUCAAGAAGGUUGAUCAUGCUGCAUGGGAAUGGCUGAGAGGUCACAACCCAAAAUUAUGGUGUAAGCAUGCCUUCUCCUACUAUCCCAAGUGUGAUGUGCUGAUGAAUAAUAUAUCUGAGUCUUUUAAUGCAACAAUCUUGUUAGCUAGGGACAAACCAAUACUAAUAACGGCUGAGUGGAUUAGAACUUAUAUUAUGAAUAGGAUAUCAAGCCUUAGAGAGAAACUUAGUAAAUGGGAACAAAAUAUCAUGCCUAUGCCUAAGAAAAGACUGAAUACUGAGAUACAAAAGGCUGGUAAUUGGAUUGCAACUUGGGGAAAUGGUGAGGAGUUUGAGGUUGAAAUGUUUGGUGGUGGGUAG